AUGCCCACACUGAUGGGUCGGGAGUCCAAAAAGAAGGAAUUGAUCGCCAAUCUGUCCAAAGUGUACGAAUUGCUGUCCCGAACGCAUCACAUUUCGCUCGGCGAUUUUCCCAACCUGACCAAAAUGCAAGAGUGUCUCUCUGUGCAGGAUUUCAGCAAAUUUUCCCCGUUGCAACCUCGUCUGAUAAAGGCUGUGGACGAAAUGUUAUCCAAUGAUAUAGCCAAACUGAUGCAGAUGAUCCCACAAGAGCAAAAAGCGGUCAGCAAAAUUCCCGAACCACCAGUCCGUGGUGGCGCGUUCGACUCACAGCACACGCCAUUCAGUUAUCAAGCUAGUGAAGGAAUCAAUCAAGGCAUGUUUGAAUCUGACUGGAUCGUCGGACGCGAGAAGGAGAAAACAGAUGCGAUUUUCCUGACUCUAAAUCCGGUGAACGGAAAAAUCAGCGGCGAGUCCGCUCGUUCGCACAUGAUCAAAUCACAGUUGCCAAGUAGCACACUGCGAAAAAUCUGGAUACUGGGUGAUGUGGAUCGGGACGGUUGUUUGGAUGAUGAAGAAUUUGCACUAGUCUGCCACUUAAUCAAGCUUCAAUUGGACGGAGAAGAUUUACCCUCAGUCCUACCCGCACACUUGGUGCCGCCGUCCAAACGGAGCUCCGGGACAGAGGCAGUCGAGAACGGUCAUGAACUACGAUAUUAA